AAUAAUACUAAUAAUUUCAUCACAUUUCUUAAUAACACAAAACAAUUUAAAAUUAUUUCAUAUUUCAUAUUUCAUUAUAUUAAUUAAAUCUCUAUAUUAUUUAUUAAAUUUUAAAAAUGACUACUCCAUCUAGACCAAUGCAAAAAUUUGGAUUACAAACCUCACUUAGUCUUCAUUUAACUUUAUGGAGAAAUGGAGACAGAUACCAAUCGGAGGGUGUCAAAAUUGUAGUGCACCCAAAAAAUUUUAAAACCUAUGACCAGUUAAAAUUGGAAUUUAGUAAAAAAAUUCAAUUAUUUGUUGGUAAUGUUGUUAAAGUCUAUAGCAUGGAUAAAAAACUAGUUAAAGAUAUAGAUGGUUUUGUUGAUCACCAUAAUUAUAUUUGCUGUGGAGGCGAGAAAUUAAAUGAUGAAGUUAUUCCAAAAGGUAUACAGGAUAUUUUUGGUAAGGCAGAACCAAUGCCAGAAGAGUCAGCUCAUACACCACCAACAUCAACAACAUUUGUACCAUCAGUACCACCACCACCAAAAUCACCAUCCAAACCAUCACAACCAUCACCAUCAUCCACCACACCAGUAACUGCAUCACCAGUAAGAAAACCAGUGGUUGCAGCAUAUAAGGAUGGUCUUACCCAAGAUAAAUUCUCUGUACAAACUGAAAAAGCAAAAGUUGUUUAUGCAUAUAGAAAUGGUGAUAAGUAUCACAAGGGUGAAAGAGUUACAAUUCACUCUACCAAAUUUAAAACCUAUGAUCAAUUAAAAGAGCAAUUAUCAAAGCAAGUUCAAUUACCAACUGGCUCUGUUAGAAAGGCCUUCUCUGCUGAUGGAAAACUCGUUAAAACAAUGGAUGAUUUUGUCGAUGGUGACUGCUAUAUUUGUUGUGGCGGUGAACCAUUAAAUGCUACAGUAUCAAACUUUUUAUUAGAACAAGUAAAACAAAAACAACAGCAUCAACAACAACAAUAACAACAACAACAACAAGAACAAUCAUCUGAACAUCAUCACCCACAACAACCACAACAAGAAGAAAUGUUUUAAACAUUUGUUAACCAAGUAAUAAUAAAAAGAUUGUAAUAUUUAUUAAAAAAAUAACCC